AUCAUAUUUUGUCAUGCCCCUGCCCCAAAAAAAUUGUCAGACUGUUGACAGAAUUGGAAUUCUUUCAAGAUUUUUUUUUUUUUUUUUUCAGGGGUGGUCGAAAUUGCUAAUUUACCAAAAAUGUAUUCUUUUCCAAUGUAAAAGGGAACUUUUUUUUUAAUCUUAAAAAAAUGGAUUGAUUCAAGAAGUUAUUUUAAAAGACUGAAGUAACGUUUUCAUGGGAAACGUUGCUCCAAGGACAGUAAAGUUUGGUUUUAUGGGGGGAGGAAAAGUUGAACAUUUAUAGGAAUAAAGUUGUUUUUACAUUGAUUUUUUUUUUUUUUUUGCAGGGGGGGAUAAAUUGUGAAUGUCAAAUUAAUAAAUGCAAGCUGGAUGCCAUCCUGCCAUGUCCCCCCCCCCCUCAAAAUGUUUUCCUUUGUCUCAUUUCAAAGCAGCAACAAAGCUUUUUUUUUUUUUUAAUUAUUAUUAUUUUGAAUUAAAUGAUGCUCUAGAGCAGGGUCACUAACGUGAUUUCCGCGGGGGCCACUUAAAGUGCCCGCGAGGCAUGUUCCAAAAUUCACACAUUGUAAUGAUUAUUAUUUGUGCUUUCAAUUUUGAAUCUGACCUGCUUACAUGAAUGAUCGCUUGAAAACAAUGUCAUAUGUCAAAGAUGAAAUGUAUCAUGAAAACCACGUCGGUCUCAAAAAGGUCGGUGACUCCUGCUCUAGAUAAAAUGGAUUCCAACAAGGAUUUUUUCCAAUAUUUUUUUCUAUAUAUCUUUUUAAAACCCAUAUGAGAAUAAAGAUGAAAUAUGAAUUCAACCUUGUAGCAACUUGAAAUGUCCUGAGAGAGAAAGACACCUGAGUCAUAACUGAUUAGCGCAUGAAGAAAUAUUCAACUUAUUUUACGGCCGACUGGUUAGCACAUAUGAGAUGGCGGGUUCGAAUCCGGCCUGGACUUUGACUCCGCUUUCCUUUCUCAUCCCCACAAGUGAAGACUAAAUUGUGCUCGUGCUCGUGCCCUGCGAGUUGGUGGUUGUAUCCAGUAGUUAGUUGGGAUCGGCUCCAGCAUGGUGCCAGUGACCGUCGUGAGCAAAAGCAGGAUGAAAAAUUGAUGCAGUGGCCAAUUAAUUUCCGUUUUGUGUGUGUGUAGUAUUUAAAGGAAUUUGAAUAAAGAUUUUUUUUUUUUAAAUUUGAGGUCAUUUGAGUUUGGAUGAAUUUGUUUAUUGAUUCAUUAAAUGUCGUUACGGAGGGUUUGUGUCUUGCAUAUUCAAAUCACAUUAUGAUAAACUAUUUGACAGUGGACAGUGUUCCUCAAGCGACGGUAAACAUGCAGUGACAAUGAUGGUCUGCAGGGGGCAGCAACGCGCCGCAGACGCGUCUCGUCUGUGAAAGGCGCGAGGAAGAAGAAGUGUCUCCGGAGCCGUCCGCCGGGGGUCGCGCUUGCUUUCCCGGCGGCAGGGUGCGUUUCCGCAGCAACAGGGAAGAUGGCAGCGCUCACAUCUCUCGGCCAGUUGACAAGCGGGAGUCCCGUCUUUGAGAACUUCUACAGACAAGUGGAUCCGGGCAACACGGGGCGAGUGGGGCCGACGGAAGCCGCCCUGUUCUUGAAAAAGUCGGGACUUCCGGAUGUGACCUUGGGAAAGAUUUGGGAUCUGGCUGAUCCGGAAGGGAAAGGCUACCUGGACAAGCAGGGUUUCUACGUGGCGCUGCGUCUGGUGGCGUGCGCGCAGAGCGGCCACGACGUCAGCGCGUCCAGCCUCGCCCUCAGCGUGCCGCCGCCCAAGUUUAAGGACAGCAGCAGCCCCUCCCUGAACGCCCCCGCCGAAGCUCACUGGGCCGUCAGGCCGGAGGAGAAGAACAAAUUUGACGGCAUUUUCGAAAGUCUGUUGCCGCUCAACGGUUUGCUGUCGGGAGAGAAGGUCCGACCCGUGCUCAUCAACUCCAAGCUGCCUCUGGACGUCCUCGGGAAGGUUUGGGACCUGAGCGACAUCGAUAAAGACGGCCAUCUGGACAGAGACGAGUUUGCCGUGGCCAUGCACCUGGUGUACCGCGCCCUGGAGAAGGAGCCUGUCCCGGCCCACCUGCCCGCCGCCCUCAUCCCCCUGUCCAAGAGGAAGAAAAGCCUGGGCUCGGUGGCGGGCGGCGUCCCCCCGCUGCCGGCCAGCCCGCCGCCGUCCAAAGAUUCUCUGCGCUCCACGCCGUCCCACGGCAGCAUGAACUCCCUGAACAGCACGGGCAGCCUGUCCCCCAAACAUACGCUCAAGUCCGGACAGCAUUCCAGCAACUGGGCGGUCCCGGCGUCAGACCGCGGUCGCUACGAUGACAUCUUCCUGAAGACGGACGCCGACAUGGACGGUUUUGUCAGCGGGCUGGAAGUCAAGGACAUCUUCAUGCAGUCGGGACUUUCUCAGGGUCUCCUCGCCCAUAUAUGGGCCCUGGCCGACACCAGACAGAUGGGCAAGUUGACCAGGGAGCAGUUCGCCCUUGCCAUGCAUCUCAUCCAGCAGAAGGUCAGCAAGGGCGUGGACCCCCCCCAGGCGCUGACGGCUGACAUGAUCCCGCCUUCGGAGAGGGGAACUCCCGUCCUGAGCAUGUCGGGGUACAUGACGCCCGUCGGAUCCGAGAUGGCGGCGCUGUCAGAGAUGAGGAGGGACAGCUCCAGCUCGGUGGGUUCGGGCGAGUUUACGGGUAUCAAGGAGCUGGACGACCUCAGCCAGGAGAUCGCCCAGCUGCAAAGGGAGAAGUACACGCUGGAGCAGGACAUCAGGGAGGCGGAAGAGGCCAUCCGGCACAAGAGUGCCGAGGUCCAGGAAAUGCAGAACGAGCUGGACCGAGAAGCGGCCUGCCUCCAGGAGCUGGAGGCCCAGAAGCAGGACGCCCAGGACCGCCUGGAGGAGAUGGACCAGCAGAAGCACAAGCUGGAGGACAUGCUGAACGAGGUCCGGAUCAAGUGCCAGGAGGAGUCUCAGAUGAUCUCGACGCUGCAGAGUCAGAUCCGCUCUCAGGAGUCGGACCUGCACAACCAAGAGGAGGAGCUGAGCCGGGCCAGGGCCGACCUCGGCCGGCUUCAGCAGGAGGAGGACCAGCUGGAGCAGAGUCUGGCCGCCGGCAAGAUCCAGCUCGAGACCAUAAUUAAGUCCCUGAAGGCCACGCAGGACGAGAUCAACCAGGCGCGCAGUAAGCUGUCCCAGAUCCAGGAGAGCCAGCAGGACGUGUCCAAAAGCAUCGAGCAGUACAACGGAACCCACGGAGGAAGCAUGACCAACCUGGCCGACAUGAGCGAGGGCUUCACCGACAGGGAGAACGGAGCCUUCCCGUCGGUGGGCACCGAGGCCUCCCAGGCGCAGGAGGAUCCGUUCAAAGUGAAGCCGUCGGUGUUCAACAGUCAGCCUCAGGAGCUCCACGUCGACCCCUUCCACUCGGAGGACCCCUUCAGGACGGACCCUUUCAAAGGAGACCCUUUCCAAAACGACCCCUUUGCAAAGCCGCCAGCAGCCUCUGCAGAUCCAUUUGGCGGUGACCCAUUCAAAGAGACGGACCCGUUCAAGGCCUCGUCGGAAGAUUUCUUCAAGAAAACCGCCAAGAUGGACCCCUUUGCCACGGCGGACCCCUUCAGCAAGAGCGCCACGCUACCUUCCAAGCAAAUGAGCCAUUUCACCAGCGGAGACCCGUUCUCCUCCGCCAACUCCAAAUCCAAAGGGGCAGAUCUGUUCGGCACUUUGGAUCCGUUCGGCAGCGGCUCAUUCAGCGCCAGCGGUAAAAGCAGCUCUGCCGGGUUCGCCGAUUUCAGUCAGAUGGGCAAGCCCAGGGACCCGUUCGAAGGCCGCGCCAGCUGGCUGCCGGACUACCAGAAGGCCGCGUUUUCAGAUGAUCCGUUCAGCAGAAAGAGCGACACGCCCGCCCUGCCGCCCAAAAAAGGAGUUCCUCCUCGGCCCAAACCACCCAGUGGAAAGACAACGCCGGUGAACACGUGCGCCCCGGCGGACCCCCCCAAGCCGUGCGACCCCUUCCUGCCGUUUGGCCGGGACGCCGCCGACCCCUUCCAGAGUAAAAAAGGGCUGGGGGACCCCUUCAGCGGCAAGGACCCCUUUGCCCCGCCGUCCGCAGCACCAGGACCUGACAAGGUCAAGUUUAACAACGAGGCGCAGCAGCUGGAGUGGGCCAAGCGGGAGAGCGAGCGAGCCGAGCGGGAGCGUCUCAAGCGUCUCCGGCAGCAGGAGCAGGAAGACCUGGAGCUCGCCAUCGCCCUCAGCAAGGCCGAGAUGUCCAACGCGUGACGCGGCGGCUCGCCCGCCAGCCCGACGAUCAAUGUAGAUUAUUAAAAUAUUUCACACAGACACACGAUGAACUCUCCCGGGAUGGAGGGGGGGGGAAAAAAAAAAAAAAAAAAAACCGCAAACCACCUCUUUGAGUUUUGCGUGGAGACCAAGCGACUUUUUCUCCUCCAGGCGCAUCGGUUAGCAUCUCCUCUUGCUAAAAGUUGACUGAAUGGGAUUGGACGCUCUUCUUCUUCUUCUUCUUCGUCGUCGUCGUCGUCAUUAAUGACUCACUGUGAUGAGAGGACAAAAAAAAAGGUCAGACAAACAAAUCUCCAUUUUUGUGUUCCUUCAACCCCUGCGGUCCCGCAAACUGGAGUCACUGGACCGAAGGUCCAAUCCCGCCACUCCCGCGCAACAAACGGGCGGACGCGCGGAAAGUUAGCAGCUAGCCGAGCGAACUGGCGGUUUUCACCUCGUCGUCGUCGUCGUCUUUCCGCCGACCUUUCGACACGCUUUUCCAUUUCCGGUGCGGGUCAGUCGGACGCAUUUUCCAGACGCGUGCGCGUUAGCUUCGUCGACGACUCGAACACGAACGCUCAUCGGACCGUUGACCGGCGACCGGUCUCGGGUGUGCCCUGCCUCUCACCCGCCGUUAGUCAGCUGUGAUAGGCUGCGGCGGGACGGGUGGAUUGCCACUGAAUGACAAACGACAGCGUAGCGCUAAAGCAGUAUUACCUGGUAAUUGCACGUUUGUACCAUUUGGAUGACGUCUUGAGGGAUUUUUUUGUUUUUUAGGAAAACGACUUUUUAUUUUUAUUCUUUUUUUUUUUUUUUGAACCACUCCUAAACUGUUUUAACUUUCGUUGUUUUGGAUGAUGUGACUGAACAAACUGCCGUACUUUACUUAUUUAUUCCUGAUGAUGGCAAAGUUUACGUUGCGCUCCUUUGAAGAUCAAAACCACUUUACGUUUGUCAGAUGUGAUUUGCUGCGCUCGGGCGACGCUACUUGAAGAGAAACAAAGGCCACGGUUGUGGUUUUUAAAAAAAAAAAAAACACAAAAAACGUGGUCUCUGUCAAGAAACUUGAAUUUUACACUAUCGUGGCUAUCGUCAAACGUCCGAGUGAAACAAGAUGCUGGAGAAACAAAGCGAGAAACCUUCAAAUGUCCGUAGUUUUGUUUUGUUUUUGUUUUUUGUUUGGUUCCCCCCCCCCGCCCGGUGUAAAUUCGACGGGGACUGGACUGAAAGCCGACUUGAAGCGUACAAGCUCAGUUUUUCUUCUGGCCCUGCUACAAAUUUUCAAAAGAACUAAAGUCCGAUAGAAUUUCUAUUGUUGCGUAGAAGUUGUAUAGAAACCCGCAGCCAAAGUUCUAUAGAACACGUUGUUCUGUGCAAAUUCUAUAGAAUUUUUUUUUUUUUAGCAGGGAGUUUGUUUUUGCGCUGUUUUGUUUUUUCAAAUUGCAAAGGUUCCUGUUAAUGUGAAGUGUCAGAAGAUUGGUCGCCUUCAAGUUCCUAUGCAGAUGUCGCUUUUGCAGAAUAUCAAACAGCUUCUCACCGUUUUGUUGUUUUUGUUUUCUAAUUGACACGAACGACCAUUUACGCCUUUGAAACAAUGGAUUGCUUCCAACGCGCUUGUUUCCGUUUGCCCGGACUGCUAACGUUGUAGGCACAUUUUUACAUUUUCGGGAUUUUGAAAACUAUGAUGUGAAGUAACCAAUGGCUAACCGCCGCCUGCUAACUUAGCACACUAACAAGCUAGCAUUGUAGCAUGCUGUGCCAUUAAAUCAAUUUCCAGGAGUUUCCCGGAUUCACUUAAUGGUGUCCCUGCACGCUAGGCUAGCUCGUAGUCUAGCUCGGCCUAAUGUUAGCUUGUUUGUGUCGUACCGCCUGGACUGCUAACUCUGUAAUACAUUUUUAUCAUUUUUAUGUAGUGUGCAAACAAGCUAGCAUGCAGACAGCUAGCUACUAGCUAUCAAGGUAACAGCUUCAGGUGCUGUUAGCAUGUUUGUUUUUUGCCUGAAAUGCUAACAUUUUUAGAUGCCUGUUUUCAUUUCGGCUUUCUUGAGUUAACUAACACAUAUCACUACGAUGUGAUUUGGUUCAUCGCUAGCCGUCGGCUAACAAGAUGGUGGCUCAGCUGGUGCUCCUGCUGUCUCGCAGGCUAGCUUUAUUCAUGUCAGCUGGUUGUAGAAAUGUCACUAGUGGGCUUUUCAAAAUAUCUCUGCAAGCUAGCCAGCGGCUAGCGCGUUAGCCUCCUCUUUUUCAACGUAGCAGUGUUGCCUCAGCUGGCGGCAAAGUCGCCGCUAAUGAGCUCAUUUGUGUGGAUCGGAUAUUACGGAAGUUGCUUUGUCGCCGUCAUCCUUUCUGCGUUUAUGCUAAGCUAGUUAGCUCGCCUCUUCCGUUGAGCCCUACUGUGAAACGUCGGCUUUGCGCCUUGUACCGCUUUUUGAGCGACGAUUGUUGGAACCGUUUAUGCUGUAUUUGUCUCCCUUGUGCAAUAGUCGUUUUAAUUACGUCAUGUUUGUUGUUUUAUGUUUUUCAUCAGUUUGAUGCACUCGCAGCUUUUGUUAAAUUUGGGGAAAUGAAACAUUUUUUGGGGGGUUGGGGGCUAAGAGUGUUACGAGGAUGUUUUUAACCGUGUUUUCCUGACGUGUACUUUUUUUUUUUUUUUCUGUUGCUGAGCUGUUUUGAUCCAGAUGCUGUGUAUAGUUUCACAUUUCUUGUAUAAAGAAAAGGUAUUACAUUAACAAUCGAGUAGACAAACUGCUCGCCUUCUACUCGAUUGGAUGUUUGUGUCGAAGAAAAAAAGAAAAUGAUUCUACCUGA